AUGGAUCUGCAAGAAAAGGCGAAUUUCACAAGACUCAGUAGACUUCUGGUUGACAAAGGAACUGAAGCUUUGAGAAAUACAUUUGAUGCUAUACAUCCUUCUGCUAACCUACCUGCAGUACUUAACGCCAACAGAGCAUCCCUUUCAAGUUUAAAGCCUCGAGUUAUUAAUAAUUCCCAGUGGGAUUUACUGUUUCCUCCGUCCGGUAACCCUCCAGAUUCCAAAACCUUCGAUGUUACAUUACUUACAAUUCUGUUCCGGAACAUUUGUGGUUUACCAUCAACAGGAUGGGGUGCGAUGCCUCUGGACACGGACAGGUCGAUGCAAGCAAAUAUUUUACGACUCAAAUCCUUUAGAAAUAAAGUUGCACACGCGACGUCAACUCAAGUGGAUAAUGCGACAUUUAAAUCUUUAUGGCAGAAAAUUUCCGAGGUUUUGGUUGAGCUGAACAUUCCACAGCAUGAUGUCGAUGAUUUAGAAACUUCUCCUUUAGGACCUGAAGAAGUGGAGAUACGGAACGAAUACGUGGAGAUAUUGAAAGAAUGGAUAUCGAAAGAAGAAGAGUAUGGAAAAGGAAUAGAAUGUUCUCUAAAUCGAUUGAUUCAGUUUACCGCCAAUCUUGAGAAAAUAUGCAGCAAAGAAAGUGAUGAAGAUUUCUUGCAAAAACUCGCGAAGCAUAAUUUCAAGAGUAAAAUUGAGAGGAAAGCCAAGUCUUUCUUUCCUGGUACAAGAGAGUGGUUAUUAAAACGAGUUGAAAUGUUUGUUGAGAAAGAGCAAAAAGCAAAGACGUUGUUAUUGACAGCUGGACCUGGGUUGGUAAAAGUGUGUUUGCAGCAAAAGUUUGUGAAGAUUUUAAGAAGAAGGGAAAGUUGGCAGCUUCUUACUUUUGUGACUUCAGUGACUCAAACCUAAGAGAUCCUAUGAUGAUGCUACAGUCUCUCGCGAGUCAGAUGUGUGAAAAUAUCGCGGGUUUUAAAGAGAAGCUUCUUGAUCAGUUGAGGCGACCUCAUCAAGUCCAAAGCUUAAACGAUGCCUUUCGAAUAUACUUGGAAAAUCCGCUUGAUGAAUUGGAUUUAGAAGAACCAAGUUUAGUCGUGAUCGAUGGCUUGGAUGAAAGUGCAGCAGAUAAUAAGAAUGAAAUUAUGAAUUUGAUCGCUGAUUACUUUCAAGAUCUUCCCGAGCGUAUGAAGUUCCUGGUGACCAGCAGGCCGGAGAUUUCCUUAGCAAAACUAAGUGAUGUUCAAAAGAUUAAUAUUAACAGCAAUGAUGCCAAGAAUAACUUAGAUCUUGAAUUAUACCUUAAAGCUUGCCUUCCAAGUUUAGUCCCAGAAGAAGAUGCAGAAAGAGAUUCAGAAACAGAUUCAAAAAAAGAUUCCGAAGAAAAUUCAAAAAAAGAUUCAGAAGAAGAUUCAGAAGAUGACCAUGAUUCAGAAGAUGACUAUGAUUCAAAAUAUUAUUAUGAUUCAAAAGAUUAUGUGUUUAAAAAGCUUGCUAAGAAAUGCGAGGGUUCAUUUCUGUAUGCAUUUUACGUUCAAUCUGAGCUACAGAAACGCGAUGAUCUUCAUACGAUAACGUUGGAUAAAAUAAUACAGUUUGUCCCAAAAGGUCUGAAUUCUAUAUACUUGAAAUAUUUUAAUCGCCUUAAAGACGAACUAAGAGCCAUAAUGCAUGACAGUCUUGAUGUGUUGAGAAUUUUGGAAAUGCUUGCAGUUUCUAGAGUCCCUCUUCCCCUCAGUUUCAUCUCUCGUGCUCUCGGUUUGACUACAGAUUCUCGUGAAACGAGAAAGAUUAUUGGCAAAGUCAAUGAAAGGGUAUCGUGCUUUCUCUACGUUUCUGAUGAUCUGGUGACCGUUUUUCACAAAUCCGUUAUUGAUUGGCUUCUUGCAAAAGGCUACAAAGAUCACGAAUAUACUGUCAAGGUCAUGGAUGGAAAUAAAUCGCUUUGGCUAAUUUGUGAAAAAGUUUUUGAAGAAAUUAAAAAAACUGUUUGGUCCGGACAUGAUUUAAACUUAACUAAUGAUGUGAAGUACGCUUUGGAUUAUGGCUUUGAUUAUCUAGGAGCAUGCAGUAUGGAGGAAAGUUUGUUUUGGUCGGUAGAUGUUAUAAUCAUAUACGUUUGCUUAUCUACCUACCAUCAUGAUAUAGAUGAUUUGCUAAAGAUCUGGCAAAAAAUUGGUCAACUGGAUCCUGUAGUAAUAAGUGACAAACUACGAGAACGCCUUUCAUGGCAUAUCGCUGAAUUUGACUUUCUUCUGGUAGUCGACGGAUUAGAAGGUGCACAUACUGGUUAUUUACAAAGUGUUCUCACACAUUCUCCAGAGGGCUAUUUCAGUGAUGACGAAAAAAAAAUUGCAGAGUCGCUUUUACAAAAGGUUCCACGGUUUGUCGAGUGUAUCUUAAACGUGGAGGUUUUGCCACUUGCAGCGUGGUAUAAUGAUUCUGAAAGUUUUGAGGCUGUUGGUUUGUCCCACGAUAAAACAAUGGCAGCCGCUGUUGUACACGACUUCGAUAAUAAGAUAAUCCGUGUAAUAUCCGUACCAAGUUUGGUUGAGCUUUGGCACUUUUCAUUAGAUUGCAUCAUUUCGUGUUGCUUAUUUGCUCCAGACGAUUCAUUCAUUUUAUUUGGGAAACUGGGAACUGUCCUUAACAUUGCUGAAAGAAAGAAAGUACCAUUUUUCCAUGGAAAUAAAGAGAGGUUUACGUCGUGUGCAUUUUCUCCAAACGGCAAGAGGCUGGUAACUAGCAACGGAUACGAUACCAUUAAGUUGUGGGACGUUUCUAGGCAAAGCUUGCUGGCGUCACUUUGUGCUGACAAAGACGUUGAUUGGUGCUCUUUUAGCAGUACGGGGUUGUUUAUCAUUGGAUGCAGUAGAGAUGAUAUAGAUGUUACCACAGUUAAUGAUGUUACAAGUGAAGAUUCAGACUCGUUUUGCGUUUGGAAUGCCAUUACCUGGCAAAGAAGUGAUGAGCGAAACAUACGUGAUGUAAAGCUAAAGGAACCAGGAGUAUUCCAGGACAAGAAAUGUAAACGUUGUUUUCGAUCAGGAUCUAAAGAAUUAGAAAUUAAAGGAUUAAAAAUCGAUGUAUAUAUGUCCGUGACGAUUGUGAAAAACGAAUUGCAAGCCAGGUCCACAGGAACCUACCAUGGUAUAGAGUGUAGCUUUUCUUUGAAAAAUUGUAUUUUAAGUGUCAUCGAAAAUACUCAUUUCACCACGCUUGCUGCUUGGGACUUUUUUUACUGUUAUUUAGAAGAGUGCUUGAAAUUAACAAUAAUUGAAGAUGAUCUGUGGUUCUACGCGAAUGCGGAAAAAUUAUUUGUCUUUAGGACAUUAGCCUCAAUACACCAACACUCUUCUCGCCCGCGAUGCCCAACACGGGUUCUUUCAAGUUCAUUUUCUCCUGAUGGCUCCCGACUUGGAACCUGUACCUCAGAUGGAUAUAUCAACAUAUGGAAUGUCCAUACGAACCAAAUUGAACAAAGUUUCAAAAGCAAUCAAGGCGAAUCGUCAUUUGGUUGUUGGUGGUCAGAAAAGUUCUUGUUCAUGUUUGAUUUUUUUGGCAGGAUUGCCAGCUUAUCAAAAUACCCGGUGGAUGUCAAUUUAAAGAUCCUGUUCCCUCAGAGCCAGCAAGUGUCGCUGUGUCAUUUAUUGGAAGAGUUCGUAUCCUUAUCAGCAAUUGUUGAUUUUUCAGAGGGCUUACUCAACUUCGAGUGCGGGGAGACGGAGCCUGUUAAAGUUCUCGAUGUCAGUGGAGUUGGGGGACCAAGAAUGAUGACCUUACCUGGAAUUGAGCCUGAAAUGAGUAUUACAGUUUCGCCUGGUGCUUCCUUUGUCUUUGGUUGUAGUAAUGAAAGUACGUAUUAUAUUUGGAAAAGAAAUGCGAAAGAUGUGUAUGAAGUAUUUUGUACAGAGCCAUAUAAAACAGAUGGGUGUUGCUUCAGCAACGACUCUAAAGUCGCUUUGGUUUACGAGACAGAAAAAGGUUUUUGUCGCUGUAAAAUAUUUGACCUGGAUACCGGUGUUCGCAGAUGUCCAAUGAUUGAUAAGAUUAUUGAGAGACCAAUGUUUUGUCUGAACAAGGACAGCAUUGUUAUUAGUUGGUUUGGCAGUUGUGGUUGGUUAGCAUUUUUCGACAUGGAGUCUGCUGAGUUUCUCGGGAUUUUCUGUCGACGGUAUUUAACAGAGGAUUUGCUAAAACAACUAAAACUUUCCCCAAAAGAAACCACGAUAGCUUUUCCUAAGAUAAAUGGCGAUAUGGAGUUUCUUCGGCUGUGCAUACCACAAAGAUCUGCCUUUGUGUUGUCCAGGAUUAAACGUGAAGCAA